UCUGCUCUCAGUCAAAGUGCAAAAAUUAUAUAUUAUUGUUUAAAUUGUAAAGUUACGUAGCGCAGAAACGAUGAGUAAGGUCACUAAUAUUAUGCGUCUUGCUUUAUUGCAGUUGAGGGGCUCAAGGGACAAAGCGGCCAAUGUACUGAAUGCUAUUAGCAAAAUUGAAAUGGCUGUUAAAGAGCAUAAGCCACGUCUCAUAACGUUGCCCGAGUGCUUUAAUUGUCCCUACGGCACGAAAUACUUUCGAGAGUAUGCGGAACAUAUUCCAGAUGGGUAUACCAGCCAACAGCUGUCCAAGGCAGCGUUAGAUAAUCAGAUCUAUCUCAUUGGUGGCACGAUUCCGGAACUGGGCGACAAUAAUGCCAUAUACAAUACAUGCACCGUAUGGGGUCCAAAUGGCGAGCUGUUGGCUAAACACCGUAAAAUGCAUCUUUUCGAUAUUGAUGUGAAAGGCGGCAUUCGCUUUAAGGAGUCGGAGACUCUUUCGGCAGGCAACGAUUUCACCAUUAUCAAUGUUGAUGGCCAUAAGAUUGGUAUUGGUAUUUGCUAUGACAUUCGCUUCGAGGAAAUGGCACGCCUCUAUCGUAACAAUGGCUGUGAGAUGAUUAUAUAUCCGGCUGCAUUUAAUAUGACAACAGGUCCUUUGCAUUGGGAACUCUUGCAACGAUCGCGAGCAAACGAUAAUCAGCUCUUUGUGGUCACAACAUCUCCGGCUAGGGACACCUCUGCCGAGUACGUAGCGUACGGCCACUCCAUGAUUGUGGACCCAUGGGCUAAAGUCCAGAAGACUGCUGACGAACACGAGCAAAUUCUAGUUGAUGAUAUUGACUUUUCGCUGGUUGAACAAGUGCGUCAACAAAUUCCCGUAUUCAGUCAGCGGCGUCUUGAUAUUUAUAGUACCGAAAAGAAAUCCAAGUGAUGUGUUAUGGCAUUUACCGU